UAUCUUCAAAAUCGAAGUUUGUAAGAUAAAAUCUAAAACAAAAACUAUUUUUUUAGGACAUAGAACACCAUAAACUUGCCAGGAGAAUGACUAUGUUUUUAACAGCUCUAUAUAUAUAAACUUAAGACAUACAAACUCGCAGACACAAAACUAGAGUUAUUUAAAAGCUAUAUAUAAACACAAGACAUACAAACUCCGCAUACAUAAAAUUAGAUUGUGGGAGAGAUCCAAAACAAAGAAGAAAGCGAAGACAGAGAGACACCAAAAGAUUUGCUAACAUCAGAUUCAACAUAUAAGAUUAGAUUGUGACAGCCAGAGCAAACAAGAAGAUACAUAUAGAGAGAGAAUUGCAAACAUAAGAUUCGGUGAAGAAAGCAUGACAGGAGAGCCUUCUCUAUGCAUCAACGGAUGUGGCUUCUUCAGCACGCCACAGACCAAGAACCUUUGCUCCAAGUGCUACAACAGUUUUUUAAAGGAUGAGUCUGCCAGAUACAUGGACACUAUACGAGACCACACGAAAACAGCAACAGUGGUGGAGAAGUUUGAAGAGGUAGUCGUUGUGGUAAAGAAUAAAAAGAGGAGUAGAUGCAAUGCGUGCAAUAAAAAGGUGGGGCUGCUAGGAUUUGAAUGCAGGUGCGGCCAUGUGUUCUGUGGAUCUCACCGUCACCCGGAAGAACAUUCUUGUCUAUCGGAUUAUAAAUCUGCCGCCAUUACCGAGUUAACUAUCCAAAACCCUGUCAUCAAGCCUGAUAAACUGUAUAGAAUCUAGUCAACCUUUGAUUAAUGUUUUUUUUUCUUUUUAUCUAUAGCUUUUGUUUUGUUUUGUUUUGAUUA